AAUCGUUCAGAAAAAUAUAUGUAUUGCCUUCUUCCUGUUUUGCUUGUCCUCGUUCUUUACCCUCUGCCAACGCUACAAGCCGGUCGCACAUUCUGUUUUUGAGCGUUACCCACGUUUCGUGUCGUAAGACUUAAAAAAUGCGUUACGUGGCCGCUUAUCUUUUGGCUGCUUUGGGAGGCAAAACUUCACCUAGCCAAAAUGAUAUCGAGAAAAUUUUAUCAUCCGUUGGCAUUGAAACUGAUGCUGAGAAGCUUAAGAUACUCAUAUCAGAAUUGAGUGGAAAAUCAAUCGAAGAACUUAUUUUUACUGUAGGACGUACAAAAUUGUCAUCUAUGCCAGUUGGUGGUGCUGCUGUUGCUAGUACAGCUGUAGCACCAGCUGGAGUUGUUGCUGCUCCAGCUGAAGAAAAGAAAGAAGAGAAAAAGCCAGCGAAGGAAGAAUCUGAAUCUGAAGAUGAUGAUAUGGGCUUUGGUCUUUUUGAUUAAAAUGCGUAAUAGCAAUAACUGUGAAAGAACUACCUGUACAAUACAUGUAUUAUACAGUUUUUACAAAAUGAUUUGAAAAUAAAUUGUAUUUUUAA